AUGUUUCCGUUGCUUAGCCUCUUGCUGGUUUUGCAAUCUUCCUGCGCCUUUGCAGGAUGGAGUGAUGGAAAAGGGUCUUCUUGGCAUAGGAACAGUUCUUGGAAUGGCUUUGGGCAAUCCUGGCAUCGCCAUGGAAAAGGAGGCAGUAAAGGCGGCUUCACUCCUGGCAAUGUCCCCAUGUACGAUGCCUUGUCCUUGAUCGUUGAUGUGAUCCAGGACCGCUCAAACAGGAAGAGAAGCAAGCGUGCUCGGUCUGCCUCUAUGUCCAGUGACUCGUCCCGUGACAGUCGCCGACGCAGCCGGCAUGGCAUGUCCAAAGAGCUCAAGGAGCUUCGCAAAUUUCGUGAAGAUGCCCAAGCUGCGGCGGAAGCCAGGAAACAAGCAAAUAAAGAAAAGCGUGAAAAAGAAGAGAGGGAGGCACAAUUCAAAGCCUUGGAGGAGAAGGUUUUGAGUUCUUUGCCGCAAGGUCUCAAAGACAAAAGAACUCCACCAGCACGUGCCCAUGGUGAAAAAGCUGCUCCCAAUCCUCGUGCUGACAUUUCGGCUCUGGCUGCUAGGCUGAUUGAAGCCUUGUUUGACAAACAAGUGAAUUGCCAAGGGGUCACUAGCUGGGAGGAUGUGGAACAGCGCCUCACUUCUCUGGAUGCCAAAGUUUUGCGUGAGAUCGUUGAAAGCAAAUUCCCAGAUGAUGCUGUGCCCCGCAUCAAAGCUCAGCGAGUGGCCAAACUCAUGGAGCUUGCCAUGUCCGAAUGCAGUGUGUGA